CCGAACAUACUUAUCAAAAACAAUGAUGGCAUCUGGUGCAGCAUUAUCGUGAAGGAUCACUGCGAGAUUGGAUUUGUUUGUGACUUCACAGUUGGGUCUCCAGUUUCGCAAGGAAAUUUAUUACUUACCUGAUUGUUUGCGCUUAUAGUCCGGGCCGCAGUCACCGUACAGUUCCUGGCUACAAGUAUCUUCUCGAUUUUCGAUAUCACAAUUUUACAUUGGAUGCACUAUUCAAUUGCAAUAUCUUCCCUAUGCCUGUAUUCACCGAAUACGCCGCCUCGUCGCGUGAACUGCGCGUUCUGCCUUCCUUUACCCCUCCACUUCCCCGCCUUUCCCCACGAUUUAUGCGUCCUGAGGGAGCCGAGAAAUAUGAAGUCGUCAUUGUCGGUGCUGGACCAGCGGGGCUCAUGCUGAACCUGCUUCUGGCACGAUACGGCCUCAACGAUGACUCUCUGCUCUGUAUAGAUGCGAAACCAGGCACGCUCAAAUCGGGCCAGGCGGACGGCCUGCAGCCCCGCACGCUCGAAGUCCUCAAAUCUCUCGGGCUCGCGGAUGAGAUCCUCACCGACGGCUGUCACAUGGAAGAGGUUGCGUUCUGGAAUCCGUCGCCUGACAAGGAGAAGGUGAUUGAGAGGACGUCGAUCGUUCCUGACGUGGCUGUGCCGGCCCGGUUUCAACAUGAAGUCACAAUCCACCAGGGUCGCAUUGAGCGGAUCCUCGAAACAGAUCUGCUCCGGUAUUCGAAACGAGGCGUACAGCGGAACACCAAGCUUGUGGACGUCAAGGUCGACGAGGCAGGCGAUGUGGAAUUCCCAGUCAUCGCCGAGGUCGAGACGGACGGCAUCCGCCGCACAAUACGCUCGAAACACUUGGUAGGCGCGGAUGGUGCACACUCGGUAGUCCGGCGCUGCAUGGGACUCAAGCUGGUCGGCGAGUCGAUGGACCAUAUCUGGGGCGUGGUUGAUCUGGUAAUCGACACUGAUUUCCCCGAUAUUCGAAGACGCUGCGCCAUCCAUUCACCGGCCGGGUCUGUCAUGGUCAUUCCGCGGGAGCGCAUCGCGACGGGCGAUUACCUGACUCGUCUCUAUGUUCAAGUACCGGAAGAGGCACCUCCUGAAGAUGACCAGAAGCCUGUUAAUGGGACUACUUCUCAGUCCAAGGGAGAUGCACGCGCGCGUAGAAGCCAGGUGACCCAAGAGUCGAUUUUCCGGCAUGCGGCGCAAGCAUUCAAGCCGUACUAUAUUCGACCUAAGGAAGAGGGCGCAGUCGACUGGUGGGCUGCGUACCAGAUCGGUCAGCGAGUCACGGACAAUUUCACCGUCAAAGACUCGAAGGGGAUCAAUAGGGUGUUUAUUGUGGGAGAUGCUUGCCAUACACAUAGUCCAAAGGCUGGCCAAGGAAUGAAUGUGUCAAUGAUGGAUUCGUACAACCUAGCCUGGAAACUUGUGUACUCCCUCCAUGGCCUCACACCUGCUUCGGCGGCUCCAGGUCAACCCGAUGCUAUCGUUGAUACAUACCACUCUGAGCGCCAUACAAUCGCCCAAGAACUUAUCGAGUUUGAUCGUGCCUUUUCAUCCAUGUUCUCUGGCAAGAUUGGGGCGUCAGAGGACGGAGUCGAGGGUCUCACGCACGAACAGUUCCUCGAAGUUUUUAGCACAGGCAAUGGAUUCACCAGUGGUUGUGGUAUUGAGUAUCCUGGUAGCCUAAUGGUGGACAAGGCUUCGGAUGACGGUGCAGAAAACCCAGCAGAAGAUUACUCGACGUUCGAUGCAAGCGCCAUGCAGACGGGAACAGACGGCACUUGCAUGAUGGGUGUUUCCGCCCAGGUAUUGACAACUCUCGGAUCAUCUGUCCUCUCACGCUUCCCGCCCAACAUUAUUGAGCAGGUGGUUAUCCAUCCUCGCUUGGGUAAGACGUUCACGUGGCAGGAUGUGCCGAGCGAGCUCAAGAAACACUCGGAGAUGCGAUUCUACAGCGGUUACGAGUUAGACAAUGUGUACAAGAUCUACGGCGUAGACGAGACAAGGGGCGCUUUGGCUGUCGUUCGACCUGAUGGAUAUGUUGGCAUGGUGGCAGCGUUGGAGGAUGUAACAUGGGAUGGUCCCGACGAUCCCGAGAACCCCAAGAAUUGGCCAAACAAGAAGAAAUGGGCUGCUAUUAUCACGGUCUCCCUUUUCACUUUUAUUUCCCCAGUAUCUUCGUCCAUGGUUGCCCCUGCGUUGCCGUCGAUUGCAAGCGAUUUUCAUAUCGAGGACCAGGUCUCUUCCCAGCUUACUCUGUCCAUUUUCGUGUUGGCCUAUGCCGUCGGACCUCUCUUCCUGGGGCCGCUUUCUGAGAUCUACGGAAGAGUUAUUGUUUUGCAAUUGGCCAACUUGUUCUAUCUCGUGUUCAACAUCGCAUGCGGUGUCUCCCAAACUAAGGGGCAGAUGAUUGCUUUUCGGUUUCUCUCUGGCCUUGGAGGCAGUGCUCCGUUAGCUGUUGGUGGAGGUGUGCUUUCGGACUGUUUUAAACCAGAAGAGCGCGGAAAAAGUGUUGCAAUCUACAGCCUUGCUCCGCUUCUUGGUCCAGCUGUCGGUCCUAUAGUCGGUGGCUUCAUUUCUCAAGACACCACCUGGCGAUGGGUCUUUUAUGCCACCUCCAUCGCCGAUGGAGUCAUCCAAUUCGGGGGCUAUUCCUCCUCCAUUCUGAAACGGAGAGCAGAGCGGAUCCGAAAAGAGACGGGUGAUUUGGUGUACCAGACUGAAACCGAGCGACAGAACAAAACCCUUUCGCAAACGAUGCGGACUGCGCUCGUGCGGCCGUUCCGCCUCUUGUCCACGCAACCCAUCGUUCAAGUCUUGGCCUUGUACAUGGCUUUUAUUUAUGGCACGAUGUACCUUGUCCUUUCGACAUUCAGCUCUCUGUGGACUGGUGUCUACAACGAAUCCACAGGCAUUGGUGGUCUGAACUACAUCUCCCUUGGCUUGGGAUUCUGGUUGGGCUCUCAGAUAUGCGCUCCGCUGAAUGACCGCAUUUAUCGCCGGCUCAAAGCCCGUAACAACAAUGUCGGCAGGCCCGAAUUUCGAGUACCUCUCCUGGUUGUGGGCGCUUUCCUCACCCCAGUGGGCCUCUUUAUCUACGGCUGGACCGCUCAGUUUCGCCGCCACUGGAUCGCUCCUAACAUUGGUGCCUGCCUCUUCGGUGCUGGAAACAUUAUCGCCUUUCAGUGCAUCCAGACCUACAUGGUGGAUACAUACACGAGAUUCGCUGCCAGCGCCCUAGCCGCGGUGGCUUUCUUACGUUGCAUAUGUGGAUUCGCCUUUCCGCUAUUUGCGCCAUACAUGUACAACGCGCUGCACUAUGGAUGGGGCAACAGUUUAUUGGCCUUUGUGUCUAUUGGAUUGGGGAUACCGGCGCCUAUAUUCCUCUGGAAAUAUGGAGAGAUUCUGCGCAAGCGCAGUCCAUACGCGGCGGGUUAG